AGUUCCUAAGCCUUACUUUUCAGUAAUUUGAAGAAAAUGGGAUCCUCAGAGAUAACUUCUAGGUCUCUUCGAGCCCAAGCCAUCCUCGUGGUGGUUAUGGUGGCGCUAGUUGGGUUCUCGGACUCGGACCUGGCUCAGGAGAGGGCCGAGUGCACGGAGCAGUUGGUCAGCCUCGCGCCGUGCCUCCCUUAUGUGGGCGGGGACGCCAAGGCCCCAACCCCGGACUGCUGCUCUGGGCUAGGGCAAGUCCUGCAGAAGAGCUUCAGGUGCCUCUGCGUCCUGGUGAAGGACCGGGACGAGCCCAGCCUGGGGCUCAAGAUCAACACCACCCUUGCCCUUGGCCUCCCCUCCUCCUGUCACGCCCCAGUCAAUAUCUCUCAGUGCAUCGAGCUUCUUCGGCUAAAUCCAAGCUCCCCCGAAGCGAAGAUGUUUUCCGGAUAUGAGAGUAGCCUAGAGAAGGGAAAUAGCACGCAAGUACCUGCUGCUAACGGAAAUCCGAGUCGAACACAACAGACUGGAGCCAAUACAACGAGCGACGGCUCGAUAAAGAAGCCAGUACCUGCUCUGAAGGCCGUUCUAGGAGUUGCUGUAUGGAAAAUCAUUGGCAGCUCGAAGAUUGGCCUUAAGUAGAACUCUUUGUUUCCUUUUCUACUUUUUGAUCAUGAUGUAGUCCUCUAUAUGGUAGUUAGUUUGGUAUGAAUAUGUUGGAAAGGAGAAGGAAUAUGAUAUUAUGGCAUUACAAUUGUGUAUGUUGUUGUACUCCAUUUCCUUAUACAAUUAUUGUACACCAAACAAUAUUGAGCAGGAAUCGUCUUUCAUAUUAAUUGUUGUGGAAAAAAAAUCCUUUUUUUUUU